AUGCUGAAUCAGAGCAAUAAGAAGAAGAAGAAGAAGAAGAAGAAGAAGAAGAAGAAGAAGAAGAAGAAGAAGAAGAAGAAGAAGAAGAAGAAGAAGAAGAAGAAGAGUAAGACCGCCGAAGAGGAGUCGGCCUCGACUCCAUCGAUGAGCGCUGCAGUGCCCGCCACUGCUUCAGCAACCGCACAUACCGAAACCGAGCGCAUUCUCGACGCCAUCGGAUCGAACGAUGAGAUGACAGACUCGAGAGAAGAUGCUGUCGAUGACGAGCCGGAUGGCGGGCGGGCGAUGAAGCCGUACAAUCCAUUCCCGUCCAACCCCUACGGGAUUUUAUCCUCGGAGGUCUCCUCUGAGCGUGUCGCCCAUCGCGCCACUCUCGGAGAUUCGCAGCCAGUUAGACGACCUUCUGCAGAGCUGGAACCAAAGAAGAAGAAAGAUGCACCUCCCGAGAAAGAGGCCAGUCCUCACACAGCAACGAAGCGGUCUACUCGGAUCUCUGCUCCUGUACAGACUGGUUCGAAGCGUACAGCAAGAAGCGCAGGCGAAAGUUACCAGCACGCCACGCCCACACAGUCGGAGACAGCAGUCAGCGCUGGGAAUUCCGCUGCAGGUGCAGUGGUGCAAGCUACGACCACUUCGGCCGCGCCUGAAUACGAGGAGGACACUGUGGAAUCGAUCCUUGCGCGGUCCGAGGAACGAGCUAUGGCAGAGAUGAAGACACUGGAGGAGGUGAAGACCCUGGAAGAGUUGCAGGCCUUGGUCACUGCCGCCACCGAGGCCCCACCUAUCGAAACGGCCGACCAGGGGACGAUGGCCGUCGACUACGACUUGACUGCGGAGGUGCACGAGCUUCGAGAGAAGUUGAUACAGCAGGCAAAGGAAUUGAGGGGGAUCAAAUCGAGGCACGGCGAGGCGAUGAAGAAGAAGGAGCAAGAGCUCAAGAGUGUUUACGAGGGGCAGUUUGAAGCAAGAGAAGCCAAACUCACGCAAAUCAAGAACGAGCUUGCCUCUGGUGCGAAGAGGGAGAAGGAUCUCGAGAAACAGAACAAGGAGCUCGAGAAAGAGAAGUCCAAUGCCGAACAGCGAUUCCAAUCGGAACAAAGGUCAGGCAAAGAGCUCAGCGACCAGCUGUACGGGGCACACGAGAAGAACAACGAACUCAUCGAUGAACGAAAUGAUCUAAAUGAUCAGAUUCUCCAAAUUUGUGCGGAACUGGCCGAGUACAAGUCACACUUUCAACGUCGACAGGCCAAUCCGACUGCUCCGCCCGCUCUCGAUACCGAGAAGAUGCAGACACUGGAGCGCCGUCUGGACUUGGCCAGGGACAUCAUCAAAGAUAUGAGAGAAGAGAAGGAGGAGAUGCAGCGUCAACUUGACGAGGCCAGGGCCGCACCUGAGAAGCUCAAGACUCAACUUAGAAAUGAGCACGAGAGCAAUCGGCGACUCCGUGAACAGAUAGCCCGUGGUGGCGACUCUGGCAAGCAACACCACGGCGGCGGCAUGGGGGGCGGCAUGGGGGGCGACUGGGGAGGCCGCUGGAGAGGCGGCGGGGGGGUUGGCAAUGGGGGAGACGGCUUCGCAAACUGGUGCUAG